GCUUAAAUAUAAAUAAUUUAUUAAGAAUUAAAAAAAAUAUCUAUAAAACAGCUAAUAAUAAAAUAAAAUAUAUGCCUCAUAGAAUUAGAAAACAAAUCGUUACGCCUGACUUAGUGUGCAUUGAUGUUGAUAACGGCAAAAAAGGCAAAAAACGCAAAUUUAUGCCAAGUCAUUCGCUUUUGCUCUACUUUAGUUUGCUUAACUUCCGCGCCCUUUUUACAUAACCUCAUUUGAACGCAUCAAGUAUUUUAUCCGCCUGAAAGUUAAUUUACAAUUAAUAAUAUGCCAUUAGUGGUUUAGUGCAGUGAUUGUGUUUAUAUUACAUAAAUACAUGUAUGUAUUUUAGCGCUGUAUGUUUGUUUACAAGCGCUGGCGACGAUAUUUUGUGUGCUUGCAAUAAUCACUUAAACUCAAAAGUGACUUUGUAAAUAACGAUUUUUCUCAACGACAAGUUUUAGUGAAUGCAAGUUUUUUUUUAUAUAAAUAUUUACUUGAACGACCAGUUUUCAUUGUAAGCGCAUAAAAAGGUUAAGAAAUAUAUACAAACAUACCUACAUCUAUUUGUAGCAGCAACAGAAAGAUGGCAAUGAUAAGUGCCGAGUUACCGGUUGCUCAUAUCAAUGGCGGCGCAACAUUUGGGGUUCCAACAAUGCUUUCUGAAGUCUCCGAAUUACCCUCGAUACAGCUGGGCGAAUUCAAGUUGCAAUUCGAAUUGGGCGAACCAACAGAUCGUGCCAAGGAGGUGGCGGCAAAGGAAUUGCGUGAAUCACCACAAACCAAAUCAGAGGCGGUUAAGGAACUAAGGCGGUUAUUGGAAGCUGAAACAGACCUGCUCUACCCGAAGGACAAUGACGAAUGGCUAGUGCGUUUUUUGCGACCCUGUAAAUUUUAUCCAGAGAGUGCGCGUGACUUGAUCAAACGCUACUAUUCCUUCAAAAAAAAGCAUGCCAACGUCUAUGAUGGCCUUACCCCCAGCAAAGAAGCCAACAUUUUCAAGCAUAACAUACUCACAGUUUUUCCAAAUCGCGAUCAAUGCGGCCGUCGUGUUUUAGUACUCGAGCUGGGCAAACGCUGGAAGCACAAGGAAGUCACUCUCGAUGAGGUCUUCAAGGGUGCUGUUCUUUUCCUCGAGGCAGCCAUGUUGGAGCCGGAGACACAAAUUAGUGGCGCCAUUGUGAUAUUCGAUAUGGAUGGUUUGAGUUUGCAGCAGACUUGGCAAUUUACGCCACCAUUUGCGAAGCGUAUUGUCGAUUGGCUGCAAGAUUCGGUGCCGCUACGUAUCAAGGCCAUACAUAUUGUGAACCAACCGAAGAUCUUCAAUGUGGUCUUUGCAUUGUUCAAGCCAUUCUUGCGUGAGAAGUUACGUUCGCGUAUCUAUUUCCACGGCACCGAUCGCGAAUCGCUGCACAAACAUAUCUCGCCGAAAUGCCUGCCUGCGGUCUAUGGUGGUGAUUUGGAAUUGAAGCGCGUAGAUGGUAAUCAAUGGUAUGAAUUGUUGCUGUUGUGCGAUAAGGAAUAUGUGGCGAUAAACUCCUAUGGUUAUAAGAAGUGAGUGUAAUGAGGCAGGUGGAUAAACAGAGUAACAUAAGUAAUUGUUAAAUAACAAAAAAAGGAAAUAAGAUCGAAUGUGUUAUUAAAUGAAAAAAAAAAAAAUCAAAAAUUUUAUGGCGUGCGCUAUAAUCAAAUGCGCAAUAUUUAAAAAAUAACAAUUAAUAUUUCUCUGUUACUUAAGUGAUAUAAUUAUAAAACUUACAAUAUAUAUUUUUUUAAAGAUUUAACGGCCACAGUAUGCCGAACGAGUCGCUAAAAAAAAAAAGAAAUAGAAAAACAAAGCGCCGUUCCCAAGCAGC